AUGUUCCUCCUACUGAUUUUCCUCUCCCUGGUCCUCGCCCAACUUCCCCCCGUCUCUUUCUAUAGCAUCGCCAUCCCCAGCGCUCCAUCCCCCAAUCUCAGCACCGCAACCUUCACCACCCCGUCCACCCGCCUAUCGACCCUCUCCGAACCCAAAGUCCACCCCAUCAACACCACCGUCUUCGACUGGUGGUACUUUGACGCCGUCUCCUCUUCGAAUCCGAACGUUUCUCUCGUCCUCACCCUCUUCACCAGCACCCCCGCUGCGUUUCCAUUCCUCCCGUCCAGAAACGCCUCCUCCGUCCUCCUGUCCUACCUCUGGAUCUCCUUCGCCAAUGGGACGAGCUACGCUGCCUACGCGGACGCAUCCCUCGCGACGGUCGAUGCAGCCGGGGGUGUCACUCAGGGGGUAUGGCAUGACAGUGGUGUUUCCUUUACUGGAUCCGAGCAGGGGGAGUAUGAGAUUGUCAUUGACGGAGUAGGGGUGUCGAACCCGCAUACGCCCUGCGGUGACGACCGGCUGCGUCUGGGUGGUGGUAGUACGGGUACGGUUGGAAUCGGCUGGGCGAGUCUCCUCCCCGAUGCGGAGGCGAGUGUUGAUGUUUUGGUGGAGGGGGAGAGGGUACAGUUUACCGGCGUUGGGUAUCAUGAUAAGAACUGGUCGGAUGGACCGUUUGAGGCGGCGGUGCGGACGUGGUACUGGGGUCGAGGCCGGGUGGGCCCGUACUCUGUCGUCUGGUUUGAUAUGCUUCCUCUUGCGGAGGAAGAAGUGGUGAGUGGGUAUGUGGCUGUUGGACGGGAGGUUGUCGUGUCUAGUUGUGAGGAGGGGGUCGUGUCUGUAAGGCCAUGGAAGAAUGGGAAGGCAGCUGCUUACCCGCCUGUGCUUGGGGAUGUGCCGGAUGGGUUCAGGGUGGUUUAUACCAUGGGAAUGGAGGUGGACGUUACCCUUGGGGCGAUGGUCGCUGGGGAUGGAAAGUACUAUGCGCGGUGGACGGGGACGAUGAGGGCCGAGGUAGAGGGCGAGGUGUACGAGGGGGUGGGCAUAUUCGAGCAGUUUGUGAUGCAGUAA